AACAAAGACGUUUAUACAGAUUUGGAACAACACGAAGGUGAGUAAAUGAUGACAGGAUCAGAAUGUAUUUUUGGGUGAACUAUGCCUUUAAAUCCUUUAUGGGUUUGAUUUGGCCGGCAUCUAUGAAUUACAAUUUGUGGGAGCAAAAUCAUAUCAUAACAACCAAAGGUACAUUCUCAUUCUGCUGUAGACUUUGCCUAUGUAUAUUAUUUAAACUUGAUGCUAGAGCCUCUGAGCGAAUACAUUUGCAUUUGUGCAUUCGCCGGACACUUUUAUUCCUAAAUGUCUUACUGAAUUCUUACCACAUAUUCAAGGUAUAUUUUUUUAAAUCGGUGUAUGUGUGUUUUCUGGGAAGCGUCGUCUUAGCAAGCUCUACCAACUGAGAAUUAGAUGUUUUCAGCAGCAACAACAUUAACGUUAUGUGGCCCAAUCUUAACUUUCGGUAGAAUCAAUAACUGUUGAAUAGUUUUAAUGUAAUUUAAUACAGUUAAUAUACAAUAAAUUACUAUACAUUAAUAUUAAUCUAAAUUAAAUCUAAAAUAAAUUAUUAUAACCAAACACAGACUGGAAGUUAACUUUGGGCCAGGCGUGUGCGUCCAAUGAAACCGUCUAUAGAAACACUCAAAGCACUGAUACCUAGAAAGGUGUUUUUUUCAGCAACUUCAGAUUGUACCUAAAGGCAAAUUACGCUUUGCAAAUUAAUGUCAAUGUGUAUACCGAUUCACUUCUUUGGAAUUGUUAUUGUUUGGAAAACUGAAUAACAUGUACAGAAUUAACAAAACUUCUAACAACUAAAGCUAAAUCUUCAGUUUCUAAACUCACUACAUCAGGCUUUCAAAUAUCCUGUUUAUUCAUUUGGAAUAAAUGAAACAUUUAAAAUGGACAUACAGUAAACACCCACAGAUGCUUUUUAUCCGGUCUUUUUUUUUACUCGUUUUCCCACUUGCCCAUCAUUUACACAUGUGGAUGUUUGGACGUGCCAUUUCAGCCAUGGCCCAACAAGAUCAUAAUGGAUUGUGUAAUCCACUGUGGUCGCAUUGAGAUUAAAACCAGGCUCAGAUUUACAGAAGGCAAAGCCCCGAGGGAGGGGAGAGAGGGGCUGUGGGGGUUGGGGCAGAUGGAUUAGGGACAGAUCCCAUCCCGGUAUAGUGACUGUUACUGCUGGAUGCCUUUACAAACUGACCCGAGAUCAGACUAUGCUACUGUAUUGUUCAUUUAAGAUGGAAAUACAAAUUCUGUCAUUUAUUUAUCCUCACGUCGUUCAAAAACUGUAUAUGACUCUUCUUAUUUCCCUAAAUAUUUUCUUUUGUGUUUUGAAUGUUUCAGUGGUUUGUGUCCAUACAAUGGAAGUCAAUUGGGGCCAAUGUUGUUUGGUUACCAAAAUAUGUUCUUUUGUGUACCGCAAAAGAAAGAAAGUCAUCCAGGUUUUGAAAGACAUGAGGAUGAGUAAAUGAUGAAGAAUUUUCAUUUAUGGAUCAAACAAUCCCUUUCAACAUAACUAAAUAUUUAGACUGUCUUUGCCACAUUGUUUAAAGAGGAACAUUGUUGUAGAUGUCACUCAAGCAUUUCUGGUACAGUUACACAGAAAGGAUGACAGUGACGGACAUGGCCAUAUGUGAAUCGUGCAAGAUGCGUUUACAUUAUGUUUUGCAUGUAGAGACUAUGAAUGAGACGAAAAAAUGCAUCGACAGAAAUAUUAACGAGAGGCAUUUUGAAAGGUGUUCAGUUCUAGAAUCUUAGGCUGGCCCUUCAGUUCCCCUGUUGCUGAGCUUAUAUAAGAGUACUUAUAUAAGGUUCACUGGGGGGCUUAAUGGGGCGAGGGGCUGUCUCUGAUGUGAGGGGCGGAGUCUGAAACUGCAGGAGAGGAUUGUGGGAUUAGGUGCUUGGAGGAGGGGCUGUAUGUGUUUUAAAAUGAAUAGCCUAAGAGGAUCUGUGUGUGUAUGUGUCCACAUCUGUGUUUGGUCGACGUCUGUGAAACUCUCUCUCCUUCCUUUGUCUAUCUCUCUCAGCCACUUUUCUGUCUUCUGUUUUCAUUUUUUUACAGUACAAAAGUGCAGAGUAAUUCUAUCCACGUUUAUCAGCCUCUUUGUUUUUAUUGACUAAGAGCAAGUCUACAUCUGUCUAGCUUUCAUUCAGUUGUAGGAGACGUCAAAUUUCGCAGGAAUGAUUUUAACUGCGACUGAAUCAGCCUCAAACGGAGCAGGUUUGAACUCGGAUGCCGGGGUGACUGGAGAAAAAGGGGAGGGUGAGUCCGAACUCAUUGAGGGAGCAGAUUCUUCUGGAGCAAUGCAGCAGGUGUUGGAAAACCUGGGUGACUUGCCCGUCACCACUGGGGCUAAAGACAUCGACCUCAUCUUUCUCAAAGGCGUCAUGGAGAGCCCUAUCGUCUGCUCACUGGCCAAGGCUCAUGAGCGUUUGGAGGAUGUGAAACUGGAGGCAGUGCAGGAGAAUAACAUUGAGCUUGUGACUGAGAUUCUUGGUGACAUUAGUGGACUGAGCGUAAGAGACGACAGCGCUGCAGAACUCUCCAAAAUUCUGCAGGAGCCUCAUUUUCAGUCUCUCCUAGAGGCCCAUGACAUGGUGGCGUCUAAGUGCUAUGAAGCCCCGCCCCCUCCCGAAGUAACCAAUGAUGCGGCAAUAAACAGUGCACUCAUGCAGGCCGAUGCGGUCAGGAUGAUUGGUAUCCGGAAGAAAGCGGGAGAACCACUGGGUGUGACCUUCCGAAUGGACAAGGGUGACCUGGUGAUCGCUCGCAUCCUUCACGGAGGGUUGAUUGACAGGCAGGGGCUGCUGCACGUGGGCGACAUCAUCAAGGAGGUGAACGGGAAGGACGUUGGCAAUAAUCCCACUGAGCUACAGGAGAUGCUAAAAGAAUGUAGUGGAGGGAUCACACUGAAAAUACUGCCCAGCUAUAGAGAUGCCCCAGCACCACCACAGGUGUAUGUGCAACCUCAUUUCGAUUACAAUCCGGCCAAUGACAAUCUAAUUCCGUGCAAAGAGGCGGGGCUCGCUUUUAAUAGGGGCGAUAUCCUCCAGAUUGUCAACCGAGAGGACCCAAACUGGUGGCAGGCGUGCCAUUUAGUGGGAGGAGCUACUGGGCUGAUUCCCAGUCAGUUUCUGGAAGAAAAAAGGAAAGCGUUCGUUCCCAGAGAUCUGGAUGGAACAGGAAUUCUGUGUGGAACAUUGACUAGUAAAAAGAAAAAGCGGAUGAUGUAUCUUACAGCUAAGAAUGCAGAGUUCGACCGCCACGAGCUUCAGAUCUACGAGGAAGUAGCAUGCAUGCCGCCGUUUCGGAGGAAAACUCUCGUUCUGAUCGGAGCGCAAGGUGUGGGCCGCCGUAGCCUGAAAAACAGACUAGUUGUUCUACAUCCCACCGGAUUCGGCACAACCGUACCACACACGUCUCGCCGGCCCCGUGAAGAUGAGCGAGAUGCUCAGUCGUAUAGAUUCGUAACGCGCUUAGAGAUGGAGAUGGACAUUAGGGCCGGACGUUACCUGGAACAUGGAGAGUAUGAUGGCAACCUCUACGGUAGUAAAAUCGACUCGAUCCAUGAAGUGGUCAACACCGGUCGCACCUGCAUUUUGGACGUCAACCCUCAGGCACUGAAGCUGUUAAAAACAGCAGAGUUCAUGCCGUACGUCGUGUUCAUUGCAGCUCCAGAGUUCGACACGCUGAAGGCCAUGCACCAAGCUGUGGUUGACGCUGGCAUCACAACCAAACAACUCGCAGACGUGGACCUGAAGAAGACUGUAGAUGAGAGCGCUCGCAUUCUCCGGGCGUAUAGACACUACUUCGACCUCAUUAUCGUCAAUGACAACUUAGACUGUGCGUUUGAAAAAUUGCAGUCGGCUGUGGACAAACUCUGCUCUGAACCGCAGUGGGUUCCCGUGAGCUGGGUCUACUGAGGGCACAUUGACAAGCACGUUUGAGUGCGUAUGUAUGCAAGCGUGUGUGUUUUCCAGGGUAUGUGUGUGAUAUCCAGGAUGGAUGCGGGCUGACGUGAAGUUGCAAGUUUGGACUGACCAACCAAACAAGCGCCCACAACAUUAGCCCUAACCUCUUUUGUGCACACAAUGCAACAUUUUUUACUGAAGCUUAAAGGGAAGAGUACUUAUUUAUUUAGUAUUUGUACGUUUUUAAAGAAUUAUCUUACUAUUUGGAACAUCGUGGGAGAAAUAAGAAAUAAGAAAAACUAGAACUGGCCUUGAUGAAUCCGAGGCCAUAUUUUUAUUUUUUUUGUGUGUGCAUUUUGUUUUUGUAGCACCUACAGUAACUGUGAUGUUUUGAUGUAUACUCAAAUGAAAGACUAACCUGGCAGUGUGUAGCACGCCAAGGGCUCAUAUUGAACAUUCUAGAAAAGAACCGAACAACUGUUUACAAACACCCUUAUCUCUUAACCCUUGUUCCACAGUCAUUCAUAUAAAUGUGUAGGUUGUUUUAUAUGUACAGUAGCUUGUUUUAAAUUUUGCAUUUACAGAUUUGGUGUCUAUGUUGUGCACAUUGUGUCAAUGUUUUUUUGUGUGUGUGAGACCGAACAAACUGCCCUGUUGAUUUCAGUCACCUUUUCUGAGCAACCUUCUUGUUUCUUUGUUCUUGUGUCUCAAAAUCACAUGACCUGCCAAAGUUUCUGUUAAAGUAUCUGUGUCAUUGUCUCUGUGUCAACUUCUACAACACGGCAAUAAACGAACAAUGUUAGUCAUUGUUCCUUUUUUAUUUAAUUAUUAAUCUAAAGGUUUUAAAAAAAGAAUAAAGUAAUACGGAUUUUAUUGAAAAUAUCUGCAUACAAUUUUACAUAUAGUGCAGAAGUAAUAUUGCACAUAUUUGCAUAAUAUAAAUCGGUGUGUUCUAUAGUGCAUUAAUACAAAUUAAGAAGUCAACCUAUAUGGGGUUUUCUCUGGCUGAUGCCGAUUUUUAGAAAUCAAGCCAGCUGAUGGCCGAUUGUCUUUUUUCCACCUUCAUCUCAUUAAAUCUUAUUAAGCAAUAAGAAGUGAUACAGAAUAUUGCUUAAAUUAAACAUUUAUUGAAGACAUGUCUUUUCAAAUCAGUGCACUUUGAGAAAGAUUGAGAAGUGUUUAUUGCAGGGUACAAGAUAGCAGUCUAAUUCAUAGUAAUAAUACAUUGCUCAAAACUUUUAAGCAUCUUCUCAAACUGUUCUGAAGCAUGCUUUUUGUUUAUGUUUGUUGGCAGACACUGUUGUUAGUCAUAUGGUCAUAAUCUAAGUUAAAACUAAAAUAAAAAAAUCACUCAUAUUACACAGCCUGCUGCUCAUAACUGCGUUUUUAGUUAUAUUUCGCUUUUUUCUAGCCUGACAGGAAAGUAGACGCUCUUGUGGACGAAUGCGUUCAUUUGUAAAUUGUGUGCACUUAUUUCCUCCAUUUGAAAGAUCGACCAAAACGCAUCUUAAUACCAAGUAUAAACAGAGUCCUACCCGCCACAGACACAUUUAAGCAGGAAAGUUAACGUGCACGUUUUAGCCAGAAGUUUAGUAUUUUAACAAGGCAUGUCUGCUGAGUGCGAGGUGCUCCGUCUCACACGCAGCCUCAGAGGGAGAGAAAUUCUCCGGUACAGAAACGGUAUUGAUGACGUCGGAGUUUCUCUAGCUAUACAAUGCGGACAACUGUAAUAAUUUAGCCGCUGGGCUCGUCACCAGGUUUUGGUACCCGUGCAUACAUGUAGCCUAAACUAUGUGGUUGAAUAUGGAGACAGAUCAGUCUCCAUAGUUGAAGGCUCGCUAACAAUAGUUCCAAAAAGUUACUCGCAUUCUCAAGUAGCAUCAUAUUUAAUCAAUGAAAUAUACAAGGCUAGAUUAAGAUCGAAGGAUAAUAAUAAUUUAAGUUUUACUGUUUUCUUGUGAAGUUAUAUUAGGUAGUUAAAAAGUUAGCAGGCAGAGGGACAUCACACUGUUAUGCAGCUGCUCACAGAUGCACCUGCCUGUUAACUGGCCUAAUUUGCGGCACAAUCGGCCGAUGCCGAUUAAUGAAAAGAUACCAAAAAUCGGCCAUCGACCUCUAAAACUAAUAUAAAAUACAUCAUUUAAAUUUGUGACCUUCAAAUUAUGUGUAAUGUCACAAAGCUUUACAUACAUCUGGAUUUAAGAUAAAAUAUCAGAAGAUACAAAGAAUAUAAUACAAA